AUGGCGGCGGACGAUGGAAUCGAGUGUUUGGCGUUAUCUCCGGCAUUUCAGCAAAUGUUAGAAGACCGAUCUUCUUGGUUUUAUCGUGGAGAAGGAAAUGACACUAUGGUCGUUGGGUACAGAGGACAAAAUGUUGUUCUUCGACUGAAGAAAGCAAAUAACGGCGACGUGAAGAAAGUUCAAGGUUUUGAUAGGAUUUCGAACAGUUUAGAGUUCGCAAAACGUGUUUUCUCGCCGCUUAUGGACGGCUUUUACGUCAGUGUAGGUAAAGUUGUGGCUUUAAGCGAGCAAUUUCUUGCUGAUAUAGAUGCCAUUUGCCGGGCCGACAGACCAUGCGCUAGACUUCAUAAAUCGGUAGAUACUGGCUAUACGCACGGGGUACUGAUGCGUGAUCUUUGCUUUCUACCCGAAUCAAGCGAUUAUGGAAAAGAGCCCACGUUUUCUAUAGAAAUCAAACCAAAAUGUGGAUUUCUCCCAACGUCUCCCCACAUAAGCCCAGACCAACACCUCAGAUACUCCGUGUGCUACUACUGCAUGCUACAAUACACCAAAGUAGCUGAGGGUAAGCAUAAAAUCAGAAGUAGGUAUUGCCCUGUAAACCUAUUUUCCCGUGAUGUACCUCAUGUGUACUAUGCUCUCGAGGGUCUAGUCUCUUGUCCUCAAAACAACUUCAGGGUCUUUAUGGACGGGAAGAUGGUCUAUUCGCAAGAGAUACUGGACAGUGCAGGGGAUGAUUUGUGCUGCCCGGAGAUGAAACUUGAGCAAAUCCUCAGCCGUGCACAAGGUACCCACAACCCUAGUGAAGUUGAAGGCACACAUGAAUGCAGCUGUACUGGUACAAUCACCAAAAGAUUUCUGAAAACUGUUAUUGGUAUCUUAAUUCAUGAUUCAAAUUAUGGAGCUCCUGAAGUUUUUCGCUCCAGUGGUUUAGUAGGAAAAAAUAGUGAAAAACUUUGCCAGGAGAAUGGUUCUAUACAGCAAAAUGACGUUUUAAAGCCUUUUCAGGAAAAUAGUAAGAUUCAGCAUCCAGGUAAUGCCAGGACUUUUGGACAUGGCGGUGUGCUUCAAAGACUUCAUGCUCUUCAAAAAAUGGAUGUACUAGACAUCCAGGGCCUGUACCCACUGUACAAAAAGCUGAUUCAGCACUUUGAGGAUAACCCUAGCUUAAGAGAAGCACUUGACUUUGAUAAGAACUUCAACAGUAAAGUAUGGCAGAACAUCAUUCAAGCAGGCUGCACAGGGGGAAAUAGUGUCACUACAGAUCUAGACACUCUGCUUAAUCUUGAUCUGAGUGAUCAGGACUCACUGCUGUAUGUGUUGUCUUUGGUCUGCAUGUUCUCCAUAGCAAACACUUCCAAGGACUGCUCUGUGAUGAUAACAUUUCAGAGAAGACUCCAGCCAUCCAAUGACACAUGCUUUGUGCCAAGCUUGUCUGGUGAAGAAGGCCAUGUCUAUGCUAUUGGUGUUGUGGAUCUGGACCCAAAAGAAGUGGACAGAGUGGAGAAAUACAACAAAGAUAUGCUGAAUACUUUCACAAAUUACAUAAAGUACUCUAAGGAAUCAAGCUGAUUAUGUUAGGAAGAAUCUCUGUUCUUAAUUGAUGUGUUGCUUUCCUAGCUGUAAAAGGCCUUUUUCUUUCACAAGGUAAUUGAACAAUUGUGCAAUUUGUUCAGUUAAUACCAAAUAAUUUUAUAUAUCUGUACAAAAAUGUGAAAGUAAUAUGACCUUAAUUAACUAAUUACUAAAAAUCCUUAAAAACAUUCUGAUAUUUAAAGGUAAAUUAGAUUACUUUUACUAAUCAUCUUGGUUAAGGGGAAAUUUAAUCACUAAAUUUCCAAGUUUCCAUGGUAUAUAGCUUUGUAAUACAAUAAUUGCUGAUCAAAUAAACUCAAACUCACGAGAAAUGAAA